AUGUCAGAACGUGCGAGGCGUGAUAGAAAGGACAAGCUUGCGAAGUUAGCGGAAUAUAAGAAGGCGAGAGAAGGAGGAGGUAGGACAUGGAAGGAUGAAGAAGAAGCUGAUCUAUACGAUGUCGUGACCGAGGACCAAUACAAAAGCAUCGUCAAGGGCCGCCUCCAGAAGGAUGAUUUCGUUGAAGAUGAUGGUGUAGAUGGUUAUAUGGACAACGGCAUGGAUGAUUGGACGGGCGGUGGUGACAGUCAGGAUGAGGAGGAAGAACACGAUAGACGAGCUUCGAAGAAGACUAAUGGGAAGUCAAAGUCGAAGCCUAAAGCGAAAGCCCCUCCUCCACCGGCACCUGCGCCUAUCGCAGCCUAUCGACCCGCCGUCUCCGUUGAACAAGAGAGCGACUUCAUGUCUGCCCUACUAGGCGACAUGGACACCAAGCCUGUACCCGCCGCAUCUAAACACGCUUCAGGGUCUAGGAAACGCAAACCUUCACCGAGUUAUCGCUACGCCUCCCGAUCAUCAUCUCCUCCUCGUCCGGCUUACCGAAAUGGCGACAGUAGUCACGAUCCUUACUCUGACGCACCAAGUUCGGAUGGAUUCGACAAUGGCUUCGAGCCACCCUCUGAUUAUGAUGUCGUCGAACGGGUUCCAAGCCCGCGGAAGAGGCCACGUACAGGCGAGAUGCCCGAAAUAAAACCAGCUAUCGAGAAAAUGGGCAAGAUGGAUGUAGGCGCGACCACUGACGAAGAUAUCGAUUAUGACGCGUCUUUCGACGAGAUGGACAUGAGCUCGUUUAUGGAGGUGGACGAAGAACCAACAGUCAAAGUCGAACCCAAGCCCGUCGACCUUAAGCCUUCAAAGCCUGCGAAACCAGAAACCAAGAAGGAGGAAGAACAUCCAUCAUGGCUCUCCGUCUACGACUCUCUUGCUGUCGCUGGCGACGAAUCGUUUGGUACCCUCAACACGGCUGCCGCCACUGCCCCGCAGAACACCAACAAUAUUUCCGCCCUCGAACCUGACGGCUCGUUCCGCUUCUUUUGGCUCGACUAUCUUGAGCACGAAGGUGUUCUCUACUUUAUCGGCAAGACUCUCGACAAAACAACGAAGGCAUGGGUCUCAUGCUGCGUCGCCGUUAACAACUUGCAGCGGAAUCUAUUCGUUCUUCCUCGAGAAAAACGACAGGACGGCGAAGGUUACGAGACUGAUGUUGUGCCUGGGAUGAAAGACGUUUACAGUGACUUCGACCAGGUGCGGAAGAAGGCAGGCAUCAAGACGUGGAAGGCCAAGUUUGUGAAGAGGAAAUACGCGUUUGGAGUGGCUGAUGUUCCAAAGGAGGAGACUUCGUGGUUAAAGGUCGUCUAUGGGUUCGAUGAACCACAAAUACCUACCGAUGUCACUAGCCCGAACUUCUCUCGCGUUUUCGGUAGCAACACCAGUGCGUUCGAACUUCUCGUUAUCAAGCGGCGGAUAAUGGGCCCCUGUUGGAUCAAGGUGCAGAAGCCACACGUCGAGCACCAGGGAGCCUCGUGGUGUAAAAUGGAAGUGAUUGUGAGCGACCCGAAGGACUUCAACCCCUUUUCAGAAACGGAUGCCCAUGCACCCAAGGAGAUGCCACCUCUCACCGUCGCGAGCCUCAGUGUCCGAACCAUUGUUAAUCAUGCGGAGAAUAUCAGAGAGAUUGUAUGUGUUACUGCCCGAAUUUGGUCGAACUUUCAGAUCGAAGACGGUACGCCACCGGAGCAGCUACCAUGCAGCGUGCACACGCUGGUACGGCCACUUGAACGUUUUCCACCGAACUUCGAGAACGUCGUCAGGUCGAAUGGCAAGGGGACGAUUUCUGCUGUGCUCAACGAGCGCAUGCUCUUGAGCAGCCUCCUACGUAAGAUCACUCUUCACAAAGCCGACCCAGAUGUUGUCGUCGGACACGAGUUCCUCGGUGUCUCCCUCGAUGUCCUUCUUCAUCGCAUGCGCGAGCUCAAAGUCGAUCACUGGUCCCGUCUCGGUCGCUUCCGUCGCGUGAAGUGGCCCAACAUUGGUCGACAGGGCACCAACAUCCGUUUCCUUCAAGGUCGGCUACUCUGUGACCUCGGCUCUGAUGCUGCGAAGUCGAUGAUCUCAUCGACGACGUGGGCGCUUACCGAGAUGUGCAAGACGCAUUUGAAGGUGGACAGACAGGAUAUUGAUGCGGACGAGACACACGAGUAUUUCGAUUUUGCGGUGAAGGGGCCGGAGAAGUUGGUUAGGUUCGUGAGGCAUUGCGAGCUGGAUGCUCAUUUGCAGAUGGCGCUGGCUUGUAAGGUUCAGAUGCUGCCUUUAACGAGGCAGUUGACGAAUCUCGCAGGUAACUCAUGGAACAAGACGUUGAACGGAGGCCGUGCUGAGCGGAACGAAUAUAUUCUGCUGCACGAAUUCCAUCGGCUCAAAUAUAUCUGCCCGGACAAGCAAUGGGGUAGGAAGGCGGCUCAGAUCAAAGUCGAGGUCGAUGAGGACGGCGAGGAGACAGGGAAGAAGAGCAAGAAUAAGAAGGAUAAGUACAAGGGUGGUCUCGUCUUCGAGCCGAAGAGGGGUUUAUGGGACAAGUACAUCCUGGUCAUGGACUUCAAUUCGCUGUACCCCAGUAUCAUACAAGAGUACAACAUCGACUUCACCACGAUUGAUCGACCGGAGGCCGAGGACGGCGAAGAGGAGAAGAUCCCUGAACCUCCAGAGGACGACGUACCACAGGGUGUUCUCCCACGUCUUAUUGCCACGUUGGUAAACCGACGUCGACAAGUCAAAUCUCUCAUGAAAGACCGCUCGCUGCCCCAUGCGAAACUCCUGCAGUUCGACAUCAAGCAACAAGCCUUGAAGCUUACGGCCAAUAGUAUGUACGGGUGUUUGGGUUUCGAAGGCUCGCGGUUCUUUGCUCGACCUCUUGCCGCUCUUACGACAUUCAAGGGUCGUGAGAUUCUGACCAACACAAGGGAGUUGGCGGAGAGCCUUCAACUUGACGUCAUCUACGGUGACACGGACUCCCUGUUCGUAAACUCCAACGUAACGGAGCUUUCCGACGCCCUCAAGAUUUCAGCCGAGUUCAAGAAGGCUGUUAAUGAGCGAUACAAACUCCUUGAGAUCGACCUGGACGGUGUCUUCCAGCGGCUAUUGCUGCUGCAGAAGAAGAAGUAUGCCGCUAUCAAAGUCGAGGAUGGGACACGAACUACGACUGAGGUUAAAGGUCUCGACAUGAAACGACGAGAGUACUGCGCACUCUCCAAGUCUGUGUCCCAAUAUGUUCUUGACCAAAUCCUCUCGGGUGAACCGACCGAGGUCGUCGUCGAGAACAUUCACGAAUAUCUCACCACGCUAUCUACCUCUAUCAGAACCAACCAAGUCAAAGUCGAGGAAUUCAUCAUUUUCAAGCGACUAGGAAAGAACCCCAAGGACUACCCCGACGCCAAGAGCCAACCUCACGUUCAGGUAGCGUUCAGGAUGAAGGAGAGACUGGGUGUGGACUCAAGGGCCGGAGACGUCAUUCCUUAUAUAUUCUGCCUCGAGGGGAAAGCGACUGAGGGGUCAGGAGGGAAAACUGGACAGGCAGAGAGGGCGAGGCAUCCGGAGGAGAUCAAGAAGGCUGCUGAGGAGCUGAAGAUCGAUUACGAAUAUUACCUGGCUAACCAGAUUCUACCACCCGUCGAGCGUCUCUGUGAUCCGAUCGAGGGAACAGACAGAGCUCGAUUGGCUGAAUGUCUAGGUCUUGAUCCUGGACGGUACAGGCACAAUGUAGUCGGUGAAGCUGAAGAACGCUACUUCGGCACAUUGGACUCCCAAGUCCCCGACAGCGAACGAUAUAAAGAUGCUGAACCAUUCAUCGUGCGGUGUCGGCACUGUGAGGCACAUACCGCCUUUUCUCCCAUUGGUGACCGCGAUUCUUCCAUUGUCCUUCCUUCUGGACCGACAUGUCCAGCCUGUAAAAAGCCGUUCAGCACAGCCAGUCUGCAGGUGCAACUCGAAGCCGAAAUUCGCAAAUCGAUAGCCAGGUACUACGAGGCUUGGACCGUCUGCGAUGACCCUACAUGCGGAAAUCGGACGAGGCAGAUGGCGGUGUAUGGGAGGAGAUGUUUAAAACCCGGAUGUCGCGGAAAGGUCGCAUUCGAGUUUUCGGAUGCGGAGAUGUACAACCAGUUGCGGUACUUGGCCUACUUGUUUGACGUCGAGAAGGCGGCAAAAGCAGCAACUGGGAAGAGACAUGAUGAUAUCGUGACGCUCGGAACGCUUCAGGCGGACUUCUUGCAGCGAAUGUCGCAGGCGGUGGAGAAGUAUCUUGAUAGGAGCGGUCGGAGAUGGGUCGACAUGGGGUCGCUGUUCUCGUUCAUGAAAAUCUGA